CAACCCGCAGGCACGCUGGCCAUUAAAAAAUAAAAAGUUCCAAGCUGCGCACAGCCGAGUGCUAAUUAAGUAACUUUUGUACAUUUCUAACGCUUUCGAAGCCGCCGUCAACAUGGUGUACCAGGUGAAAGACAAGGAUGAUCUUCAGAGCCAGCUGACCAAGUCUACCGGCAAACUGGUGGUGCUGGAUUUCUUCGCCACCUGGUGCGGACCCUGCAAGCAGAUCUCGCCCAAGCUGGCUGAUCUGGCCACGCAGUACGCCGAGAGCGUUGUCGUCCUCAAGGUCGAUGUGGAUGAAUGCGAAGACAUCGCCAUGGAAUACAACAUCUCCAGCAUGCCCACCUUCGUGUUCAUUAAGAACGGCGUUAAGGUUGAGGAGUUCGCCGGCGCCAAUGCCACGCGAGUGGAGGAUGUCAUCAAGGCCAACAUCUAAGCGCCUAGACGUCGUCGGACAGCCCACUACUGAUCCACCUAUGAGUUUUCUUCAUAAACAUUUAGUUAAUUAUUCCAUAAGUGCAGGGACUGCUCUUUCCACAAAAAGAAAAGACCGCUUCCGCUACUCCUCGGCUCGGUGUCACUCGAGGCGAUGCUGCAGUGCAGCUCGUGAGUGAGCGGACGUGGCGGAAGCAAAUGGAAGCAGCGCAAAAGUGAGAUACUAAGUGGCUUUUAAUUGUAAUAUUUGCUUAAACAACAAAAGACACGAGAAAACACACACUAAGAUUGUUCAUUUUUGUAUUGGAACCAAUUAAACAAACGCAAUUGUCCGAGAGUAAACUCUAAAAAAUAAAUGUAACACGUUCACCGUUUUGUAUUGGA